UUUCUGUGUAUUUCGAUAAGUUGUCCAACAGAAUGUCAGUUUCUGAGGCUGAGGCCUCAUUGGAUCAGCCGCAAUAUGCUUGCUUUUUCUGUGUGAUGGGCGCCACAACGGCCAUUGUGUUUACGGUGUUGGGCGCUGCAUAUGGAACCGCCAAGUCUGCGUUGGGUAUUGCAGCCAUGUCGGUGAAGCAUCCAGAGCUGAUUAUGAAGGCCAUCAUACCGGUCGUUAUGGCUGGCAUUAUUGCCAUCUAUGGCCUCGUUGUUGCUGUCCUGCUGGGCGGCUCCUUGACAAAUCACUACACCAGCUAUCGGGCCUUUCUCAAUCUGGGCGCGGGCUUAGCCGUUGGUCUUUCGGGCAUGGCGUCCGGCUUCGCAAUUGGAAUUGUGGGCGAUGCUGGUAUGCGGGCCGCUGCACUGCAGCCAAAGCUCUUCGUUGGCAUUAUUCUGAUACUGAUCUUUGCCGAAGUACUCGGCCUAUAUGGCCUAAUUGUGGCCAUCUUUUUGUUUACCAAAUGAAGACGUGUGCAAUCAUCGAAUUAAUUGGAAAAUAAUAAUAAUAUAAAGACUGCAUAUC